GUAGUUGGUCGCAAGCUCCCUUCAGAGCAAGAACCCUCUCCUAAGCUUUUCCGUAUGCGUAUUUUCGCUCCCAACGUUGUUGUUGCCAAGUCUCGCUUCUGGUACUUCUUGAAGAAGCUCCGCAAGGUUAAGAAGGCCGCUGGUGAGAUUGUUGCUGUCAACGAAAUCCACGAAAAGCGUCCUGAACAAAUCAAGAACUUUGGUAUCUGGAUUCGUUAUGACUCUCGUUCCGGUACUCACAACAUGUACAAGGAAUACCGUGCCAUGAGCCGUGUCGAAGCUGUUGAAACUUGCUACCAAGAUAUGGCUGCUCGUCACCGUGCUCGUUUCAGAUCUGUUCAAAUCAUUCGUGUUGCUGAAAUCAAGGAUGCUGAUGUCCGUCGCCAAUACAUCAAGCAACUCUUGACUCCCAAGCUCUCUUUCCCCUUGCCUCACCGUGUUGUCAAGGCCGACAAGAAGCACCGUGCUCUCUUCAUUGCCAAGAGACCUACUACCUUCUAUUAA